GCGCCGGCGCCCCGCCCCUCUGCCCAGUCCCGCCUCGCGGCCCGGAAGUGCGCGCGCACCGGCGAGAUGGUGGCGGCGGGCGUCCUGCUGGGGGUCCUGCUCCGCCUCUGCCGCGUGCUGUUGUUCCUCUCCCAGUUCUACAUCUUGUCGGGCGGGGAAAGUACUGAUAUCCCACCUUAUGUGAUGAAGUGUCCAAGUAAUGGUUUGUGUAGCAGACUUCCUGCAGACUGUGUAGAAUGCAGGACAAAUUACUCCUGUGUCUAUGGGAAGCCUGUCACUUUUGACUGCACAGUCAAACCUUCCGUUACCUGUGUUGAUCAAGACUUCAAAUCCCAAAAGAACUUUGUCAUCAACAUGACUUGCAGGUUUUGCUGGCAGCUUCCAGAAACUGAUUAUGAGUGUUCCAACUCCACCAGCUGCAUGACCGUGUCCUGUCCUCGGCAACGCUACACUGCCAACUGCACGGUGCGGGACCACAUUCACUGCUUGGGUAACCGUACUUUUCCAAAAAUGCUAUACUGCAACUGGACUGGAGGUUAUAAGUGGUCUACUGCUCUGGCUCUGAGCAUCACCCUCGGGGGGUUUGGCGCUGACCGUUUCUACCUGGGUCAGUGGCGGGAAGGCCUUGGCAAGCUCUUCAGCUUCGGCGGCCUGGGGAUAUGGACGCUGAUAGACGUCUUGCUGAUUGGCGUUGGCUACGUGGGACCAGCAGAUGGCUCCUUGUACAUUUAGCUGCGGCUCCGAGCUUCAGAGGAGCAGUGCUUCCCAGUCUCUUUGCCUGUAGGAGUUGAUGUGCUGUGAGUAAUGUAUUUGUAUGUUUUUAAUGUACAGCAUCUGUACUUUGCCUGCCUUGAUAAAGGUAAAAUAAUAAUAAAAAAAAAAAACACCGAA